AUGACGCACCAGAAUCACCAAACUAACGGCGCCAGUUUGGAAGAUUGCCACACGAACUUUUUCGCUUUGGCCGAUCUGUGCGGUAUACGAUGGCGUCAGCUGGUGCUCGGUGAGCGCCCGAACGCGUCGAGCGAUCCGCUCGACGAUCCCGUGCUGCGGUCGUACUCGAAAUGUCUCGCCGUCGAUAUCCUGUGCGUGUGGCGGCGGGUGGCCGCCCCGAAGCCCAAACCGAAGCUCGACCCGGACCCGAGCAGCAUGUUCGACAUGAGCAUCCCGGGCACCGGUAACAGUGGGUCCGUCCUGCACCCGCCCCUCUCGCUGACCGCCGCCAAGGAGCUGUGGAUCUUCUGGUACGGCGAGGAACCGGACCUGACCGAACUCGUCGCUCCCGAGCUGCUCAAUUCGUCCGAAGCCGGCGACAAAGGAUCCUGGGAGAAUGGACUGUCCUACGAGUGCCGGUCGCUGCUGUUCAAGGCGUUGCAUAAUGUGAUCGAAAGAUGCCUCCUGUCUCGGGACGUGGUGCGGCUUGGCAGGUGGUUCGUUCAGCCGAGCUCCAACAGUGAGCGAGUGUUUGGCAAAAGCUCACUGCAUCCGUCGUUUUCGUUUGCGUUCUUCGUGCACGGCGACAGUACCGUGUGUGCCUCGAUGGACAUCCGGGAACACCCGCCGGUGCGGCCGCUCAUGAUGAAGCACCUGGAGGAAGCGCAAGCGCAACAACCGACAACACCACCCGGCGCCGGAUCUUCCGGAUCUGCGGGCCCGGGGUCCGGUGGUGAAGCGACCCUCCCUGGACAAGCGUCCUCCGGUAAUGGCAACCCCACAGGUUCUGGUGCCGCACCGCCGACGAGCCACUCGAAGCCACGCUCCGUCAUCCUGGCACCGUUCGGGCUGGCGGCGACGCUUACGGGACAAAGCUACAAGACGAGCGAUCCGCAGACACAGAAAGUGCUGGACGACUGGAGCGCCUUCUAUCCGAUCUCGAACAAGAGUGUGAGCCUGAGCGACAGCGCCGACUCGGUGCCACCGAUCGUGGAGAUCAUGAUCGGCGGCGUGAAGAUGCGUUACCCCUCGAAGUACGUGCUGGUGACGGAUAUGGACGAUUGGUCACCGCCACCAGCAAACGAUGACGCUGCGGCGACCACCAACGAACCGUCGGCAGCUAAGGCCGCCGCCGCCGUCCAGGGCAACAACAAUCAAACGGCGGGCUCCGUGAAAGCCGAGCUACUAGAGAUCAAAAGCGAACGAUCAAGCGGUCCUUCGACAGUCAAUUCGACAACGGGCAACAAUCAAAUGGCUUCGGCUUCGGCUUCGAAGGAGGUCCCGAAUCCUGCUCCUGGGCACACGCAGCGGAACCACAAGUCGAUGAUGACCCCACCGCUCACGGUACCCGAAUCGCCCUCGAACGAUCUCGGCAACCCGUACAGCAUGUCCUCGGCGUUGAUCAACAAAUCGGCCGCUGUCAUCCUGCCCGAACGCGUCUGGCAGGACUGCAUCAUGCACGCACCGGCCGCCAGCGUAGCAGCGACUACGACGACGACCACGACAGCAUCACCAUCCGCUGGUGGAACCACGGCCGGCGCUGUAACGAUUAAAACCGAACCAAAGGACAGUAGCAGCAGCGGCGGCAGUGCCGGCGGCAGCAGUAACCCGUCAGCAACGGUCGGAGAUGAAAACUCGUCCGGUGCCGCCAACGGAGUGGACGCCAACGGCAACUCGUCGGUCUGGGAGAUCUGCAAUCCGACGGCGAAGAUGUCCUGCAUCUGCAUCAAAUCCAACCAAAAAUGUUCAUCAAACAGUGCCGGCGGUGGCAAUGGUGGCGGUGGCCCGUCCGCUGGCAGCACCACACCGUACGGUGGCCCACCGUCCUACUGCCGGAACCCGCUGUCGAUUGGCGACUCUCAUCCGCUGCCGUCGGAAGGCUCACCGGCCAGUGCGGCCCCGUCACCGAUGCAACCGUCAUCCGUUUCACAGCCGACCUCGGUUCCGUCGGGCGAUCAGCUUAUGACGAUGUCACCGCACCCGCCGGCCUCGAACAAUCCGCGCAGCGUACAGCCGGGUACGCCGUGUUUGGACCAUCUGGACAAGAACACUCCGGCUCCGACGCCAACGGAUCAACACGACAGCAAAAGCAUCACCGCGUCACCGUACCACACACCGUCCCAUUCGGCGACGACGACGUCGGCGGCGGCCUCCGAUCCGGCCACCGGCGCAUCACACCAACAGCAGGCGCAGCAACAGCAGACGCAGCAGCAACAGCAGACCGGUUCCGGCGGCAACAACAACGGCAGCAGUAGCAGCAGCAGCAGCAACAGCAGCUGCAACAGUUCCGCGAGCAGCAACAACUCGCUGCUGAACCAACUGAAAGCAUCACCCCGAAGUGGCACCACGACGGUGGUCGGUGGCCUUAAGGUGCGCUCGGAGUCGGCCCUCGGUGCCGGCGGCGGUGGAGUGCCGAUGACGCCGAGCAUUCACAGCGUGUACAGCACGGCACACCAGACGGCGCUGGCGAACAAUUUGGCCAGCAAGCGGGAAUCGAUCGUGCAGAUGCUGCAGUCGCUGAAGCGGCCAUCGCUCUACUGCAAGGACUACGAGACGCUCCAGUGCGAGGACAUUCCCUGUAACUCGCAGCUCCUCUACGACUACAGUUCGGUCGAUGCCUGGAUGAACCAUCCCGUGAAGCGGAUGCGACUGGCAGCGGAGGAGAAUCGGCUGGUGCGGCAAAUCCGGAAUCUCGAUCUGUACGCCAACGAGCGGACCCGAUUCGGUGGCGGUACGGCGGGUCCCGGCGCGGGCUGCAAUAGUUUGCUGAUGAAGGGCCUGGAAGGCGAUCACCGGUUCUCCGAGCAUCACAAUCCGGGUGGUGGCUGUGACAAUGGCGCUUCGUUGGGCACCGGCGGAUCGUUACUGGGUGUCCCCGGCGGUGGCGGCGGGUUGCUUCUCGGACAGAUCAAGCUGGAAAUGGGCUGCGAUGGGGAGCAGCGAGCAGCGAACGGCGGUGGUGGAGGAUCGAGUAAUGGAUCGGGUGACGGCACCGGAACUGGUGACGCGUUGCUUGGGGAGCACGAGAUCAAGAAGGAGAAGGAGGACAAGGGCGGUGGCUACAGUUUGCUGACGGAUCAGGAUUUACAGCCUUCGAUCGAUGAUCUGAAUCAGAUCUUUGACGACGGCGGACCGUUCAAUGACGAUGCGGACAUGCACAAUACGCCGCCCGGUUCGAACAAGAGCAGCAGCGGGAGCGGCGGGUUCUCGGAGGAAGGCAAACGGUACCCGCACUCGAACCACCACCACCACCACGCGGCCAACACGGGCAUCCUGAGCCCGAAGGAGCUGUCGCAGAUGUUUCCCACGCCGCCCAGUCUCGAUCCGCACCCGAACUCGAGUCCCGGCGGUGGCGGUUGCCUUUCGGACGGUGGCAUCGUGAUCGACACGAUGGUCGAUCUGCAAAUGUCGCUGACAUCGGUCGGUGGUGCUACGGCCCAACUGGGGUCGGGCGGCUCCGGGGUCGGUGUGAGCACCGUCCCGAAUCUGGGCAGCCCACAGGAGGAACCGAUCGAUGAUUGGUCGUUUGUGUUUCUUCCACCGACGAUCUGUUCGUACGUCGGAUCGUCAAAGUACGCCCCGCUGCCAAACCUUCCGAGUCAGUCGGGGUCUUCGUCACAACAAAUCGACAAACAAAUCGUGUACAAAUCGACACGCCAGAAGCAGAAAGAAAAGGCCGCGGCCGAGCGAGAGAAGCAGAAGUUGCUGCGCGAGCAGCAAGAACGGGAACAGCACCAGGACCAACAGCAGCAGCAAUCUCACUCCCAGGCGGACAGUGCCGGGUCCGGGGGUCAUAUGAACACACCAAGCGUACCGCACUUGGGUCACCCGCCAAUAGGCAUGGUGGGUUCUGGAUUGGUGGCCGGUUUGAUACCGCUCAUCAAACAGGAACUGACGGUUCCGCAGCCCCUCAACACCCCGAACUCGAUGCUGGGCGGACUAGGGCUGGGCGUUCUGAACGGCGGCGGUACCGUGAGCCACCAUCCGUACUCGAAUCCGGCCUCGCAGGGCACUCAAUCGCAGCCUCACUCGCGGCCACCUUCGGUGAACUCUCUCCCGGGCGGUAUAAUGGGAGGUGGCGCCGGAAUGCUGAGUCCUUCACCAGCCGGCGGCGGCACCGGUGGAAUGUUUCACCCGUCGAUGGGUGGCAUUCCGGUUCCGUUGCGUCAAGGCAUGUCACCGAUUUCACCCGCCACACCCGGCGGAUCGAUGCGCGUCCCGACACCGCAAGGAUCGUGCCCGUUGCCGUACCCCUCGCCACUCGGUGCGGCCGGCAGUCCGAAUCCGAUGAGCUUCCGGCGCACGACACCCCUGUUGCCGCCGCCACCGUACGACGUGGCCACCGCAAGUCCGGCCAACUCGAGCGUUCCGACACCUUCGCCUUACCACAGCAAACAGUUCCAGCUCGAUGGCGGUGACGGACGACCCGGAUCGCGUGGUCCCCUCACACCGUCAUCGUCCGGGCCACUGAGCUCUAACGUGGGACCGCUGACGGCGGGUGUGGGCCUCCCAGGAGGGUUGACGAGCACCGCCAUGGCACUGAACGGAGACACGAUACACGCCGGAACCGGAGCGAACCGAUCGACGACCACGGUAACGACGAUCGAGACCAAUGCGCUGCUCGUGAACAUGCUUCUGUACGAUACGGCACUCAACAUUUUCCGCGAUCACAACUUCAAGAGCUGCACGCUCUGCGUGUGCAAUGCCGGGGCCAAGUGUGUGGGUAAUAUUCGGGGCGCCGACAGUGGCCUCUACCAUGCGCUGCCCGGCACGAACUGGAUGGAUUCCGUGGUGGCCGGCAACGAUGCUACUGGCGAUGGAUCUUCUGUGACAGGCAGUGGCGGGUUGAAUGCCGGCGGUCGUCUCGCGAAACUGACCGGUGGUGGAUCGUCGGGUGGUGGCAUUUUGGCACACUUGGGUCUCGGUGGAGGCCACGGCAGCAACAACAAUAGUAGCAACGCCGUUGCUGCUGCGACUGGAGGGGCGAUCACGAUCAACACGGACAGUCUGCAGAACGGGUACCUGGACGAGGAUCCGAUCGAUUGCCAGUGCGGGUUCAGUGCGGUCGUUAACCGGCGGAUGGCGCACCGGGCGGGUCUGUUUUUCGAGGACGAAAUGGAGAUCACGGGCAUGGCCGAGGAUCCGUCGGUGCACAAGAAAAGUUCACUGUUCGAGUUCCUCAACGGUAGCGCAAAGGCCAUCAGGGGGAUUGCCACGGACAGCGGCGCCGCGGGGACUGGCAGCACCAGCGCGUUGGCCACGGCCACCGGCAGCAGUUGUGAAAGUUUGCCCCUAACGCUGAAGGUGAUGGAUCUGCUGCGGGAACAGUGUUCGAUGGUGCAGAGUUCGAGCAACUCGAUCCACCGGGCGGUCAGUCGGUACCGGGGGCCACUGUAUGGCCGUGGGGCGGCCGAUGGCGCGACGGUGCAUCUGCUGGAGUACGUGGACGCGAACGAUGUGAUCAGUAUGGCGCUGGAGCAGGGUCGAUUGCAGGCGAUCAACGAAGCCAAGAUGGACCUCGACCAGCAGCCGGGGUCGGUGGCCGGUGUCGGCAGCAACAGCAACAGCAGCAGCAGCGCCGGUGGUGCUUCGUCGUCCUCGUCGUCCGUGACGGCUCUGGUGAAGGGCGGCACCCUGCGGGGCGUGAUGAACGUGCACAAAUGGCCGUUCCUGCGGGCGGGCGGUCCGAAGAGCAACCAGGACAUUGUGCGGAUGAUGAAGUCGAUGCAGCCGCUGCUGCAGGACGCGUUCCACAAGAAGUGCACCACGCGGCUCUGGGACGCUCCGUACACGAUCCAGGGCCCACUGACGUGGCGUCAGUUCCAUCGGCUUGCCGGGCGGGGUACGGGCCAGUGCGAACCGCAACCGAUCCCGUCGCUGAUCGUGGGCUACGAGAAGGACUGGCUGUCGUUGGCCCCGUACGCCCUACACUACUGGGACAAGCUGCUGCUCGAACCGUACUCGUACCCGCGGGACGUGGCCUACGUAGCGAUCGUGCCGGACAACGACUAUGUCGUGGGGAAGGUGCGCACGUACUUCAAGGAACUCAGCACGACGUACGAGAUGUGCAAACUGGGACGCCACACGCCCAUCAAGGGCUGGGACGGGGUGCUCCGGGUCGGCAGCCAGCGGGUGCUGAAGGAAACGCAAAACUCUAACCUCGACGAGUGGUUCAUCAAUAUGGGCGCCGAUCAGCAGCGAAGAAACGGUGCCACGGGGGGCAACGGUCGAGCAACGGCCCCCGGGGCAGCCUGCGGGUCCAGCUCGGCGCUGAACGAACUGUUGCGGCUGUACGCACAAACGUGCCAGCAGCAGUUGGCCCCGUACCUCUCGAAGGUACCGUCGGACAAGAGUCUCCUCGAUCCGCCCGAAAGCCAUCACGCGACGGGUUCCGGGUCGUCGUCCUCCGGGUCGUCCGGAGCUGGCGGCAGUGGUUCCUCGUCGUCAUCACUCGGUCCGGGUGGUGGCGGUGGCAGUGGAGGUAGUGGCGGUAGCUCGAUGGCCACCAACCGGGACGCUGCUCCCGGACAGAGCCCUAUGCCACCACCACCGCCCAGCACUCCCGAUCCGUCGCAACCGGGAGAUAAGGCACCGAACACCCCGAAGUUCGAUCAUGAUGCAGAAAAUCGCGACCAACUGAAUGCCUCGUCGUCGAGCCCCUCGGAAGCGAUGCGGAUCGACGACGAUGGGAAAGAUCCGCCGCACAUCGUGCUUUACAUCGUGGAACCGUUCACCUGCGGCAACGAUUCACCGGACGUCGAGCGGCUCGCGUGCCUAUCGCUGUUGCGCUGCUACUCGAACAUCCUGAAUGCGGUGCCCGAAUCGAUCCGCAGCAACAUUAGCGUGCAGAUCGUUUCGUUGGAAAGCAUUCUCGAGCUGGGACGGAGCAGGAACCGGUUGCGGCUGAGCGAUCACAUGCGGUGCCUGGCGUUGAGUGUGUUCUCGCAGAGCCGCAAGUAUCUGGCGCACAGCAACACGGUCAAGAGUCUGACCGGGUUCGGGACGGCCGCCAACGCGGAGCAGUUCAUUCGCGGGAAGGACGACAAGAACCGGGUGCCGUACCGGCUGUACACGCCACCGUACGUGCUGGCCAAGUCGUGCGAGAAGAGCGAAAACACGGAAUCGUUCGGCAAAACGAGCAUCAAGCAGCAGUGCUCGAUCAUGUACUGUAGCUACUGCUUGAGCGAGGACCAGAGCUGGCUGCUGGCGGUCGCCACGGACGAUCGGGGCGAGUUCCUGGAGACGGUCACGAUCAACAUCGACAUUCCGAAUCGGGCACGGCGAAAGCGCGCUUCGGCCCGGCGUUACGGGCUCCAGAAGCUGAUGGACUUCAUCCUGGGGUUGAUCUCGCAAACGGUCCAACCGUGGCGUCUGGUCGUAGGACGAAUCGGGCGCAUCGGGCACGGCGAGCUGAAGGGCUGGAGUUGGCUGCUGAGCAAACCGAAUCUGCAGCGAGCGUCGAAGCACCUGAAGGACAUCUGCGAACAGUGCUCGCUGAUGCACCCGAUCUCGGUGCCCAGCAUCCUCAGUGCGUGCCUGGUGACGCUCGAGCCGGACUCGGACCUGCGCGUCAUGUCGGACCAGUUUACGCCGGACGAACGGUUCAGCCAGCGAUCGAUGCAGUCGGCCCUCUCGACCCCGCAGGAUGCCACCUGUACGCACAUCCUCGUGUUCCCGACCAGCGCCAAGGCACAGUCUGCGCAAGCAUCGUUCAGCGUCAUUGGGGAGCUGGACAUCAACGAGGAUCUGAACAUGGUCAUCAUGGACGGGGACGACGAUGACGAUGGCAUCAACAUGUUGGGUGCCAGCGAUUUGCUCAACUUCUGGGAUGAUUUGCCGAUGCAGCAGAUCAACAUGACGCACUCGCGGCCAGGCAGUCCGUCGCAGUUCGAGGGCAACCAGCAGAGUCCGGGCGAACGGGGAUCGAACUGUGCCGGGUCACGCGAUGGUUACGGUUCGCAAGAUUCCGAGGAGGUUGGUGUAGUUUUGCAGCAACCGCUGGCGAUCGGGUACCUGGUGUCGACGGCACCGACGGGCCGUAUGCCGGCGUGGUUCUGGUCCUCGUGCCCGCACCUGGAGAACGUGUGCCCGGUCUUUCUGCGGACCGCGCUGCACCUGCACAGUCCGACGAUUCUGCAGAACACCGACGAUCCGUUGCAGCAGAACCAAUCGUCCACGGAGCAUCCGCUCGACUCGAACAUCACGGCCGACGUGCUGCGGUACGUGCUCGAGGGCUACAACCUGCUGUCCUGGCUGGCGAUGGACUCGAACACGCACGAUCGGCUUUCCUGCCUGCCGAUCCACGUGCAGGUCCUUAUGCAGCUCUACCACAUGACGGCCGCCCUGGCGUAA